ACUACAUUUAAAAUUUUGGGUUGUCAAAUCAUAUAUAUGGUGUAAAUUAACGAAAUUUAUUCAUUAAUUAAUGGCGCAGAUUGUGUGGUAUUUUUUGUAAUGUUUGUUUAAUCGUUUGCGAAAAAUUUGUAUUUAUCGAUUUAUAAACAGAAUAUAAUGGAUACUCUUGCAUUGCGAGACUCUGCCACUGAAGUUGUAGUAGUAGACAAUGCUACAGCUUUGGAAAUUUCAGCUGAUUCUGCUCCCGUACUCCGACUACGUUUAAAAAAGCCCAAAACGGAUAGACAAGUUGUCUGGCGUGAGGGUACCAUUGACAAUGAAGAUAUGGGAAAGAAGAAAUCCAAGUGUUGCUGCAUAUAUAAAAAGCCUGUGAACUUUGGAGAAAGCUCUUCCUCUGACGAUGAAGAGUGUGAACACUGUUUUGGACAUCCUGAAAAGCGACGGAGAAAUAUCAAUAAAAGUCAUGAUCAUGGUAAAGAUGAUUCCGAAAAUAACAGUAAUGAGAAAAGCAAUCAUUCUGAUCCAACACCAGAAUCUGAAAUAGAGGAAGUUGAAAUUCAUCAACCUCAAGACGACAAUGUCUCCCACCUUAUACAUAAUUGACAUUAAGAUAAACCAUUUCAACAAGAAGUAACUACAGAAGUUUGCAUACCAAUUUAGCUAAAUAUUUAUAGUUCAGUGUUUUUCCUUCGUAAAUCCGGUGUUACACAGGUCUUUUUUUAAUAAAUAUAGCCUGCGGUACGCAGAUAUUAAUAUGAAUA